GGCAAUUUGGCGUACAUCAUAUUUCUACCAUACUCUCUUCCUCGCCAGCCGUUUUCUGCUUCCGCUUCACCGAUGAGAAUCUCCUCUGCUCGUCGCUCCGCCGCCUCCCGAAGCAAGGGAAACUUCAACCUCCUCCUUAUCCAACUGCUCCUAGUAUUGACCUUCAUCUAGCUCUAUUCUUUUUGCUAGAGCCACCGCCACAAAUGCCUCGACUUUAGCUCUCAAGCACAAGGCCGGAUUUUGAUUUUUUAUAUUAGGUUUGGAUGUAUGGUACUCUUUUAGGCGUCUUCGUAUUUGAUUUUGGAAGUACAAAGCUUGGAUUUUGAGACAGUGUGCUCUUGGUGUUCCAUCAUUACGUUUUAGGUUGUUCGUAAUCCUCGUCGUCGCGUGGAGAAAUUUUAGACUCCUCCGGCAGUGUGGAUUUAGGAAUGUUGAUAUUGCACCUAGUACAUUCUUUCUGUUUCUAAGGGUAAUCGGUAAUUUUGUAGUUUUUUUAAUUUGUUUCUUGCAUUGUCUCCAUUUGUGUUUUCCGAGAGAUUUUUGUUGGAAAACGAGGGAAGAACUUGAGGCUAGAAAUUUAGAAGCGAACUGCGAGGUUCUUUUUUAAUAACCGAGAGCAGUUUCACUCCUCUUCAUGGGAGUUUUCAGUUUCUCGCUUCUUGAUCUGCUAUCAAAAGUCAGAUCUUGGGUAAGUGUCAUUCCGGAAGCCAUCUCGAAAUUUUCUAUGGCUUCCCAUGGUGAUCAUGCGAUUUGCUGCAAGUGUGGCCAAUUGCUAUGCCGGAAGAGAUCUCUUAGUGCUUCCGCAGAGUCCAACAGAGUAGAUCAACAACCUGUUUAUUGUAACUACUGCUUUCGAGGUAGAAAUGCAGUUCUGGCGGCACGGCCACAGUGUAUUAGAGCAAGCACAAAACUCAGCUCUUUUCUCUCUCCGGAGGCGUCAUGGCAGACAUGUUGCCAAUGUUCUUAUUGCUCUUCACCUAGCAGGGAAGAAGAUGAUGAGGGAAGACCGCCUUUUAGCCCUACUAGUGUGUUGUCUGAUGAUUCUUCUGAUAUAGAUUCUGUCAGUUUUAGUACUCAUAACAAGCCCUUCUACUUCAGUUCAGCAAAUUCGAGCCCUUUGGAAAGUCCUAGUAGUUUUGUCCAGCAAGGGUCUUGUUCUCCUGGCCAGUCAAGAAAGGGUAGGGUAGACAUUGAGGAUUUGCUGGAAAAAAUUUCAGAAUCUACAUGUGCCAAGAUUGACAGCAACAACAAGUCAAAAGUCCAGAAUUCUACAUGUCAACUUAAUUUUAAAAAUGAUGAAAUCUUUUACCCUCCUCCCCCAGAGGAUGAGGGAGGUUGGCUGGAAACCAAUUACUUUGCAUACUCUGAUGAAGAUGAUAGUGUUGGCGAGUCAGACAGGCUUUUUAGAUCCAGCAGUUUGAAUGGUGAUUCAUUAUAUGCUAAAGAUAAGUUUAGUAAAAUCAGCAAGGAAAAUUUGUGGCCUACUGUUCAUGGGCAUUUAAUGGCUCUUGUAUCUCAGUUAUUAAAGGAAGAAGGCAUUGACACAGAGAAUGAUUUGGAUGGGCAGAACUGGUUGGAUAUAGUAUCUAGAUUGGCAUUGCAAGCUGCUAAUUUUGUGAGACCAAACACUGUCCAAGGUGGUAGCAUGGAUCCUGGUGAUCAUGUGAAAGUGAAGUGUAUAGCAUCUGGAACUCCAAAUGAAAGCACUCUGGUGAAGGGUGUAGUUUGCACUAAGAAUGUAAAGCAUAAACAUAUGAUCUCAAAACACAGAAACCCAAGGUUGCUUCUUUGGGGAGGAGCACUUGAGUGUCAAAAGGUUCCAAACGAACUAGCAUCUUUACAAACCCUUCUUGACCAGGAAAUUAAUUAUGUGAACAUGGCACUUUCCAAGAUAGAGGCGCUUCAUCCCAAUGUGCUUAUUGUUGAAAAAAGUGCUUCUUCAUAUGCUCAAGAGCGUAUCUUUGGCAAAAAGGACAUAACACUGGUGCUAAAUGUCAAGAAGUCUCUAUUGGAGAGGAUAUCAUGGUGUACAGGUGCUCAGAUUGUUUCCUCCAUUGAUUGUGUUACACCAGACAAGCUAGGGUACUGUAAAAUCUUUCGCACAGAGAAGGUGUUUGAAAAAUUCUCAUCCUCCAAGCAUCCUAAGAAGAAUUCAAGUACAACCUUGAUGUUUUUUGAAGACUGCCCACGACGUUUGGGAUGCACGGUUGUUUUAAGAGGUGCAUCCCAUGAAGAAUUGAAGAAGGUAAAACGUGCAGUUCAGUAUGCAAGUUUUGCAGCAUAUCAUCUAUUGCGAGAGAUCUCAUUCCUUGCAGAUGAGGGUGCCAUGCUUCCUAAACCUCCAAUAAAGCCUUCGGCUACCAUGCCUGAGAAGUUCAAUGAGGUUGAUGAUUGUAUUUCUCUACCUGUUGAAAUUAGAAAUUGCCAAUGUUCAAUACUGGAAAAAUCAGCCCUUGACAGAAGUAACUUAAUCAGUGACAAGAAAUUGAGAUUAGAUGAUACACAUGGAAAAUUUUCAUAUAUAAUACCGGGUGAUUUCUCCAUGAGCACUCAUGAGAGAAUAUUGGUUUCCUUAUCGAGCACUAAUGUUGAAACAGGCAUAGUUUGUGAGCGUGCCCAACUUUUUCGCAUUAAGUUCUAUGGUAGUUUUGAUAAGCCAUUUGGUAGAUAUCUUCAAGAAGACUUGUUUGAUGAGACAUUUUCUUGUCAGUCUUGUAAAAAACCAACGGAAGCACAUGUUCGUUGUUAUACUCACCAACAAGGCAGCCUCACCAUAUUGGUUAGGCGACUUCCUUCUAUAAUUUUGCCUGGUCAUCGUGACGGAAGGAUAUGGAUGUGGUAUAGAUGCCUGAAGUGUGAGAAGGACAUGGAUGGAGUCCCACCAUCUUCACACAGAGUAAUCAUGUCUGAUGCUGCAUGGGGGCUUUCCUUCGGCAAAUUCUUGGAGCUUAGCUUUUCUUGCCAUGCAACUACUAACCGUGUGGCAAGUUGUGGUCACUCUCUUCAAAGAGAUUGCCUUCGUUUUUAUGGGUGCAGAAACAUGGUUGCAUCCUUUUACUGUGCUCCUGUAGAUAUAUUCUCUGUUUGCUUGCCAUCAGCACUUCUAGAUUUCACUUGCCCAGAAUGGUUACGACAAGAGGCAGCUAAGGUAUUUGAUAGUAUAAAUCUCUUGCAUGACAAAAUAUUUGAUGUGCUCAAUGCAACUGAGCGAAAAAUAACUGCAUCUGAAGAUGUAGCAUUGAAGUCUGACAUUCACAGGCAAAUUAUGUACCUGAAAGAUUUUCUUAAAAUGGAAAGACAUGGGUACUUUGUUCUUCUUCAACCAGUUAUAUCUGAAAAAAUGCACCCAUCCCAGGUAACAGUUGACAUUAUGAAGCUUAAUUGGUUGAAACGUGCAGUCUUACUUGAUUUUUACGUGUGGGAUCAUCGACUCUGUUUAUUGGACUCAUCAAGCAAGGAAAAACUGUAUUCUGGACUUGAUCAAAAGGUUAUGAAGUUUCCAUCUGAGACCAAUCUUAGACAAUGGAGAGUGGAAGUAUCUUCAGUGGAUGAGACAUCACAUAAUAUACUUGGCGAAGUUACUACAAAGUCCUUACUCUUUUCAGGACCUUCUCCAGGAUCUAAGUUCAUGAGCUGGCAUGAGGAUCUCAUCUUACAGUUUUGGUGUAACAAGGACAUUUCUGAAUCAGCUGAGGGUUAUGUAGGUUCUAUGUCCAGUCAGUUCAGUGGAGGAGAUGAUAGGUCGACGUGUUAUGACAGCAGAAUUAAAGUAUUGGAGAAUUCAUUGCCACUUAUGUCUGAACUAUCAGAUAAGAUUGAAUUGCGAUUUAAUGAUUCUGACGAGUUAUUGGUGGAUCAACUAAAUGAUGUUUUGGAACCAGGUGCAUCUGGACUUUCGAUGGAAAAAUCAUGCAACUGGAACUUAAUGAUUCCAUCAAGGGCUUAUUCCUUUGAUUCUGCUUCUCAAUUCUGUAAGCAUUCACACGUCAAUUUCCUUCCAGGCUACAUGCAUUUAGCUCUAAUGAAAUCAUUUGAUCCAGCUGGUAGUUUUACUAGCAUGGUGGAGGAUCCGGUUAGAAGCAUGCAAAGAGCCUUCUCUUUUAGUUCCUCAAAUGCCUCUUGCGGAUUAAAUGGUCUUCUCAAUCACACACCUUUACAUCUAUAUCCUAUUUUGGAAAAGCUGACAGAAGGGGCACGGUUCUUUUUGCCUCAAACAAUUCUUGAUGGCACUGUAAUAGCAGUUUAUGAUGAUGAACCGGCCAGUAUAAUAUCCUAUUCCAUGUCAUGUGAAAAAUAUUGCGACUACAUCAGAUCUAACUUGGAUGGAAUUGAAGAUUCCAAUAUAAUGGGUAAAAGAAGUGAUUUCACAACCAAUUCUGAAGGUAAACAAUCAUAUCCUCAUUCUUAUGGUGGAUCUGAUGUGCCUCAGUAUCCUUGGGGGAAAACAUCAUAUUGCAAGGAAACACAUUUCAGAAUCUCUUUUGAUGACAAAUAUUCGAUUCCUUCCGACAAAGUUAAAUUUUCUGUUACUUGUUACUUCGCUAAGCAGUUUCACAGUUUAAGGAAGAAAUGCUGUCCUAGUGAAUUUGAUUAUAUGUGUUCCUUAAGUCGUUGCAAGAAAUGGAAUACCCAAGGUGGUAAAAGUAAUGUUUAUUUCGCCAAGUCAUUAGAUGAAAGAUUCAUCAUAAAACAGGUCACAAAAACAGAAUUAGAUUCUUUUGAGCAGUUUGCUCCACAUUACUUUAAGUACAUGAUGCAGUCUAUAAAUGAUGGAAGUCCAACCUGCCUCGCUAAAGUCCUCGGUGUAUAUCAGGUGGGUAUCAAACAUUCAAAUGGCAUGAGGGAUGUCAAGAUGGAUCUAUUGGUUAUGGAAAAUGUCUUUUUCAAGAGGAACACCUCGAGAGUGUAUGAUCUCAAAGGCUCUCUGCGCUCCCAUCAUAACCCUGAUAAGUCGACUAAUAAUCCAGUUCUGCUGGACACUAACUUAAUAGAGACAAAGCCCAUUUUUCUGGGAGGCAAAGCAAAGAGAGAGAUGGAACGGGCCAUCUGGAAUGAUACUUCUUUUCUUGCAUCCAUUGGUGUCAUGGACUACUCAUUGCUUGUUGGCGUCGAUGAGACACAGAAUGAGCUCGUCAUCGGAAUCAUAGAUUUCCUGCGGCAGUAUACCUGGGACAAGCAACUAGAGACACUGAUAAAAUCAUCAGGCAUUCUCGGUGGCACCAAAACUUCAGCUCCCACUGUAAUAUCACCAUUGAUGUACAAGAGAAGGUUCAGGAAAGCCAUGUCUAACUACUUCCCCACUGUCCCUGGUGACUGACCUAUCGAUUCUUUGCCAGUGAACUUGAUGUCAAUCAACACAAAAGGAGUUCUGUUGUUUUAAGAAAAGAACAUUUCUUCCAUUUUCUGAAGAUGAAAAGAUAUAACGACAGAACAGACUACUUUUGGACACAGUGAAAGCUUAAUAAAAUGUUGAUUUCAUUAGUCUA